CGGUAGUUGUUUGAUCUCCUUCAACAGUGGGAGGCGCGAUUUUGCUGUGUACACAGAUAAUACUUUCUGCUAUGCCAAUAGUUAAAAGCUUUUGGUGGAAGUUUUUCAGUUUUUCUGAUGUGAUUAGAAUAAAUGAAAAGGUAUGAAAUACCGCAAAAACUUCACAUCAAAAUAAAAUACGCAUGGCCAACCUAAUCUGUUGAUUGAGGCUUACACACGACCCUAAAUCAUCAUGAGUUUCGCCCUUCAUGAGCUGCUGGUCUGCUGCAAAGGGUUAGAAAAUGAAAAAGCAACUGAGAGAAAGAAAGAGGCUGAGCGCUUCAGACGACUCAUCCGGUCGCCUGAAGUAGUAGAGGAGUUGGAUAGAAUUUCGGGAACCAGAGCUGCUAAAGGCUCCAAACAACUCACAUGGGAUUUGAUUUUAAGGACUCUGCAGAAGUAUCAGCAGAAGGAGACCGAGCUUCUCCAGUCAGGGAAAGCCAAUGUGUCAGCCACGACACAAGCCAACCGCCGGAAGAAGAUGCAGGAGAUCAGCAGCCUGAUCAAAUACUUUAUCCGCUGUGCCAACAAAAGAGGGCCUCGUCUGAAAUGCGGAGAACUCUUGAAUCAUGUGAUGGAAGUGCUACGGGGCUCAUUCAGCUGCUCAGCCUAUGGGGAGGACUACAGCAGCAUCCUGCUGAAGAACAUCCUGUCUGUCCGCAAGUACUGGUGUGAAGUCACCCCGCAGCAGUGGCACAAUUUGCUGAAUCUGUAUUGUGGCCUUUUCACUGGUUCCUCCAAGGCCAUAAACCGUGUGCUAUUGAGUAGGAUCAUCCACACUGCAGUCCAGGGCUGUUGUCUGCAGACUGAGGGCUUGACACAUACUCUGUUCUGCUUCUUCUCCAGAGCACUGCUCAACGCCAGGCAUGAGAAACAUUUGCCGGUGGUGGAGCACUUGGUCUCGGCUCUGAAUGUCUUCCUGAGGUCAGCUGCCAUGAACUGUCGAAUGAGGGUGUGUCGGCUGGGCGAGGAGCUCCUGCCCUCUGUGCUCUAUGUGUGGACACAGAUGAGGCCCAGCACCACUCUCAAAGAGGAGAUAGUUGACUUCUUCAACCUGCAGCUCUGCGUGCAUCAUCCCAAAGGAGCAAAGACACAAGACACAGGUGCCUAUGCUGAAGACUGGGCCAAAUGGCAGACUUUCCUCUCUAACCUCUACGAUGCCCUGGUAAGUGAGAUCAGCCAGAUUGGGAGCCGAGGGAAAUAUGCCACAGGGACGCGCCACAUAGCUGUGAAGGAAAGUCUCAUCGAGCUAACUGCAGAUGUCUGCCAUCAGCUCUUCAGCGAGGAUAAUAACGUCCAGUUUGUUGAGGUGACUCAAGUCCAUCUCAGAGCCACCCAGAAAGGUAGUCCCCAGGGUACGCCCAGCAAGCGCAGGCGCAUUGAGCUUGGAUGGGAAGUCCUCCGAGACCACCUGCAACCACAUCAUAGCGACUUUGACAUUAUACCGUGGUUACAGAUUGCUUCAGUGUUGAUCUCCAAAUACCCCUCUGUGGUGCCUGGCCGGGAGCUGGUUCUUCUGCUGUCAGUCCUGUGCCAGCUGCUGGGGGAGCAGCGGCGGGGGGACAGGGGGCCCUAUGUGCUGCGCUGCCUGAGGGAGGUGGCUUGCUGCCAGGCCACCCACCCAGAGAGGGCCCAGGCCUACACGGCCGAGCUGGUGAAGUUGUGGGGUCGUGUCUGGGCCCUGGCUCUAAGGGGCGUCAGCUCCCCCCAGACAGAGGCCCUUAGUCUGGCCCUGCUGUCCACUGUCAUCCAGGGAGCCCUUAUUCCCAUCAGCAGGGAGUUUUGGAAGCUUUUCUCUGGCUUGGCCUGCAAGCCUUCUGAUGCUGCUGCUUUGUGUCUGGCUCAAGCGCUGCUCAAGUGUCCUGUUCCAAAGAGCCUGGGUGCUGAGUGGGACCAUUUAGGCACUGUGGAGGGUGUUGGGCCCCCCAGCCUUAAGGAGAGCAUCUUGAGCUGGCUGCUAAUGAACGAACAGACUGAGGAGGCAGAGGAGAGCUCAAGUCCUCACCCCAUCAUCUGCAGGGAUUUUCCCCAUAAGUUAAUUCCCAGAAUCCUUGUCUCCUUGACGGUCAAAGACACCCGAGCUGGCAUGACGUUUCUCCUUGGAUCAAAGGCACUUGAGAGUGCUAUGACACAAGACCAAGCACAAAAGGAAGCUAAAGAUGCCCUCAGCGAGAUUGAGAGCCUAUACCUGCAGUUCAGCUUUGAUGAGAUGCCUUCUGAAAAGGACGGGAUGAAAUUGAAUGGUGUGAGGGAGUCCUCAGCCGACACCCAGCACACUGUUGUCCCCAGCCUAAAAAACAAAUUGGAACAGGGGCUCUUGUCUGUGGCAGACCACCUGCUCAACUGCUACUCCCCUGAUUCUCAGACCACACCACCAGAAUGUCUGGUUCGUGGUUCAAGUCUACUUACUGGCGUUUUAGCUGGAUAUGUCUCUUUCGGUCUCCUGACUGAGGAAGAAGCCUGCCACUCCCAACUUUUCCUGAAGGCCAAGGCACUGGCCCAGGAUUUUAGUGAGUUCAUAUCUACUGUGAAGGUGAAGAUGACAGAUGUUGUAACAAUGAGCUCGCUCACGUCAGUCAUGAGGCUGUGCACACAGUAUGUCAAUAGAGCGGUUAAGGAGAACUGCAACUUGUUCAUGAAGAUUUUACCUGCAAGACUUUUGACUGAACUGGCAGAAAUAUGCAAGGUGCUGCUGAACAGCUCUUGUAAGAGAGUCAGUGUGGUGAUUGAGGAGGAGACCACAGAUGAUGACUGGGACAUGACAAGGACCCAGGCUGACCAGCAGGGAGAUGUUGACCUGUUUGAUGAUGGAGAUGGCCCACAAACCAGCACAUCUAUUGGGACUCAGGGGCAGAAUGUGGACCCCAAUGAUACUCAGUUUGGUCCUGGUGCCAAGAGCCUAUUGUCUGAGGAGCAUUUGUCCCAGCACGAUCUAGCUUUCUUGGCCAGUUUGGAGUUCCUUUCCCUCUGUGCCUCAGCUGAAUGUGUCUAUGGCCUUUCCUUCAAACCAGCGGAGGUCCGUCGCAAGCUGCUACUGCUGUUGGAGCAGAUGGACUUCACCAAGCCACUACACCUCAACAUGUACCUCGUGCUUCUGAAGAAACUACCUGCUGAAGACACAUUGCUGGCGGCAGAAGAGUUUGACUCACUCAUCAAACCUCUGGCGGAUCUUUGCUCGUUGUAUCGCCAAGAUCAGGAAAUAUGUGCUGAAGUUCUGCUGCAUCUGCUACCAUCCAUCCGCUGUGUGGGUCGCAUACAGGACCGUAAUGAUGACCUGAAACAUGUCCAGGGAGCCCUGCUCCAAGUAGUCUCUGGAUUCUGCAUUCUGGGAAGGACAGGGAAGUGCACAGCAACGACAAAGGCUGCAUUAGUUCACUGUCUACUGGCUUUGCUGGAGACUGACCCUUGCUGUAAGUGGGCGGUCCUUACCUUGAAGGAGGAGGAGCUUCCAGUGUCUGACAUUCUUCCGUGCUACUUGUCUGACCCUCAUCAUCAUGUUCGCAUGCUGACAGCCAUGACAGUAAACAGACUCUUCUUAGAGAUGACACCAAACGGUUUGGAGUCAAGAAAGAUGCUUUCUCUGAAAAAGCAGCAGAUGGCUUUUGAGAACGUCUACCUGAAAGCCCAAGAAGGGAUGAGGAUCCAGAAGAGUAGCCUGCUUGAAGACCUGAGUGAUGAGACGUUAAACCGCAGGGCCACGCUGCUGAAGAGUGUGUCUGUGGUGCUGUGCUGCAGCCCCGUCUGUGAGAAACAGUCCCUCUUUGCCGUCUUUCAGUCAUACAAGGAGAACAACAUAGAAGAGGCGCUCAUCAAGAAGGUUCUGGGCUGUGUGUCUAGAGCUCUGGGCUACAGGAGUGUGGAAGGUUUUGUCAGCUCUCAUCUGGAUUACCUGGUGACAGAGUGGCUGGGCCAGCCUGGAUACACCCUGGAGUCCUUCCCCUACACACUGCUCAACCAUGCCACUCUCAAUGACUUCUACAGCUCCUCUUAUCAGGUCCUUAUUCCACACCUGGUCUUCCUCGAUUCCUUUGGGCAGGUAAAGUCCAUCGGUGACAGUCUGGGUGAGGACUGGAAGAAGCUGUUGGCAAACUGCUUCCCUAAGAUAAUGGUGAAUAUCCUUCCCUACUUUGCCCUGUCGAGCAAAGACGACCAAGUGGUCCAACAGAGAGAGAAGGCUACCAGGGUCUAUGACCUCCUCAAGGACAGCAACUGCCUGGGAAAACCGCAAAUUGACAGCCUGAUUCACAGUAACCUGGCGGACAUUGUGGUGGAGUUGUUGAUGACGCUGUAUGAAGGGGCUGCAACUCAGGAAGGGUGCAGAGGAGACCUGAGAAGCUUCAUAGGUGAACUGGACCCAGCCCCAAACCCACCUUAUUUCAGCUCCUAUGUUAUCAAAGCCACUCUGGACUACCUCAGCAAUUGUCACAGUGACAAUCACAAAUCCUUGGUUGCCAUUUUAUCCAAGACUCCGAUCUCCAUCCAGAGGAUCCUACUGGCGGUGUGCCAAAAGGCAGCGGAGACUGUCAACGCCUACGAGAAGCACCGAAUCCUGCUGAUGUACCACCUCUUUGUCAGCCUGCUGCUCAGGGAGGUCAAGAAUGGCCUGGGAGGGGCCUGGGCCUUUGUUCUCCGAGACAUAAUCUACACACUCAUCCACCACAUUAACAGCAGGCCAGCCCAGUCGGACGAGGUGUCCAGCCGUAGUUUCUCCUUGUGUUGUGACCUUCUAACCUCUGUGUGUCGCACAGCCGUGCAGUUCUGUGAUGAUGCUCUGGAGAGCCACUUACAGGUCAUCGUCGGCACUCUAACUGCCCAGUUGGACAACCAUCCUGCCGUCACACAGCAGGUGAUCAGUCUGUUGAAGUUCCUGGUCAUAGAGAGCCAGGACAAGCUGAAGAGUGCCAUUCAGCAGUUGGAGCCCUUCCCAGACCGCCCAGAGUUCAGAGAGCUGAGAGCUGUGCAGCACAAACUGAAGUACAGUAAGGGGGAAUACACUCUCAGACAAGAGAUAGCCCACUUCCUGUCCGUGGCAUUGUGUGACUCCCUGCCUCUUACCAGACUGGAGGGGCUGAAGGAACUGAGGAGACAGCUCCACAACAACAAGCCCCAGAUCAGACAGCUGCUGAGAGAGUGCCAAGCUGACCCUGCAGACAGUGUUUUGGUGCAGCUGGUCCUCAACCUGCUACAUCUGUGUAAGCUAGCAGCGAACCACCCUAGUGGUAGAAACAUUUUAGAAGCAGCAGGGAGCUGUUUGGGAGAGCUAGGGCCUGUGGAUUUGUCCACCAUUGCUCUGCUCCAUGGAAAAGACCAACUUGAUGCCAGAGCUGUAUCACUCUAUUCUGCCAUUGAACCACAGUGCCUGUUCAUCAUCCUCAACUGCAUCAACAAUGCCCUGACACACCACUGUAUUGGGGUGAGGAAAGCUGCAGCCCAGUGUCUGAAAGACAUCUUGGCCACUCAAGCGGGAAUGGAGUUCUGGGAGGUUCAUAAAGACAACCGUGACUCAAUGCUGGCCUACCUCAACCCCUUCAGAUCUAUCAAGAAGAAGGUGGUCUUGGUAAGUGCAGAGAUGAGCUCGGAGGCCAGGGAGCAGCUAGAAAAACCCCACCUGUGGGUGCCUGAGGCUGGGGGCCAUAAAACCUGGCUGAAGACACUUUGCACGGUUCUGCUGGACAGCGGAGGGGUCAGGAAUGAAGCUCUGCUGCUGUCCCGGCCCCUGUGUCUGGUGAAAACAGACUUCUGUCAGAGGUUGCUGCCCCUAAUAAUCCAUGACAUCUUACUUUGGGACUCUGACAACUCCUGGAGGAAUCUCCUCUCCAAACAGAUCCAAGAUUUUUUCACCAGCUGCACCCGAGCCUCCAGCCGCUCCACCACUCCCCUCUUCUCAGACUCUGGAGAAUCGGAAAAUUCCAUCCUGUGUUCGUUGGAUAAGGCCUCUCUGCGCACAAUGCUCUCUGUCAUUAACUAUCUGAGGCAGCAACAGAGACCUCUAGAGUCUAAAAGGAACUUGUAUGGUACUGUGUGCCACUCUAACUUCUGGUUGGAACUGAACUACCUUGAGGUGGCCCGGGCGGCCCAGUCCUGCUCAGCCCACUUCACAGCCCUGCUCUACUCUGAAAUCUACGUAGACAAGAUCAAGACUAACAUGAAGGAGAACCACAGGACCCAGGCCAAGACAUCACGCAAAAUCACAUUUGAUGAUAGCAGUCAGAACUUCACCAUCUCUAGUCUUACAGAGAAGAGUGUAGAAGACACUGGCAUCAGUCUACAGGACCUUUUGAUUGAGGUGUAUCGUAGUAUUGGAGAGCCAGACAGUCUGUAUGGGUGUGGAGAUGGGAAGAUGAUCAACGCUCUCACCAGGAUUCGGACCUAUGAGCACGAGGCGAUGUGGGGAAAAGCCCUGACCUCUUACGACCUCUAUUCCAAUCUUCCUGAUGUCACACGGCAAGUGGGCAUUGUGGAGGGUCUUCAGAAUUUUGGUCUUAGCAGCAUCCUGGCUACCUACCUGCAGGGUCUGGAAAGUGAGGGUGUUGAGUGGGGGGCAGAGCUAAGAGAGCUCAGGUUUCAGGCCGCCUGGAGGAAUAUGCAUUGGGACUGUGACCUAUCAGAAAGGAGUGAGAAAUUGAAUCCUGGCUUCAACGAGGUGGUGUUCUGCUCCCUGCAGGCUUUGAGAGACAAAGAAUUUUCCACAUUUGAUCGAACUCUUUUAUAUGCCAGGGGUUGUGAGAUGGAGGAGCUUUGCAGAGGCCGCCUGGAAGCAGUGUCCUCACUCUACCCUGUUUUACGAAACCUCCAGAAUAUUUGUGAACUGGAGAGCGUCAGAGAACUCUUCUCAAAGCCCCUGACAGAUCUGGGCUUAGCCGAGGUCUGUUCCCAGUGGCAACAGCACUCCCAGCUGUUGGUGGACAGUGACUUUGGGCUGGUAGAACCCAUCUUGGCCCUGCGCUCCGUGAUCCAGGAGAUUCUCAUCUCCCAGGAAAGAGAUCCUGAAAAGAGGAAGUACCUCAGCACUGUACUCACUUCUCAUCUCAUGGAGCUCUGCCAGCUGGCCCGCAAUGCAGGAAACACACAGCUGGCAGAGAGGGCAUUGUUCCAAAUAAAGCGGCAUGGUGGCGGUGUGGGGAGGGGCUCGACGGCGUCGUCAUGGCAGCUGGAGGAGGCCCAGGUGUUCUGGGUGAAGGGAGAGCCGGGUCUUGCCCUGGGACUGCUAAAAAAGAUGAUCCACACUCUAGAGGAGCAGGUUGACUUUAACCCUGCCCUGGUCCCAGUGUAUACAGAGAGCCUGAGACUGUGUGGGAACUGGCUGGCAGAGACAUGCCUGGAGAGCCCUGGAGUCAUCCUGGAGAAGUACCUGGAGCGGUCUGUGGAGGUUUUCAGUGGCCAUGCGAUCGGUUCAGACUCGAAGCUGCUGAGCCAAAGGACGCAGGCCUUCCUGUCUCUUGCUAGGUUCUCAGACGCCCAGUACCAAAGCAUUGAUAACUACAUGAAGUCAUCGGAGUUUGAGAACAAACAGGCUCUACUAGAGAAAGCCAAAGAGGAGGUAGAGCUGAUAAAGGAGCGCAAAGUUGGCAUGAACAGGUACACAGUGAAGGUACAAAGAGAAUUGGAGCUAGAUGAGAAGGCUCUGUCCAACUUGCAAGCUGACAGAAGGAAGUUCCUGUGUAAGGCUGUGGAAAACUACAUCCAGUGUGUGGAGCAGGGUGAGGAGCAUGACACCUGGAUGUUCCGCCUGGCCUCGCUGUGGCUGGAGAACGCUGAUGUCAAGACGGUCAACGACAAGAUGAGGAGAGGUGUGAAUAGUAUUCCAUCCUAUAAGUUCCUGCCUCUCAUGUACCAACUGGCUGCACGCAUGGGAUCCAAAGUGUCUGCUAUAGUUGCAGAGGAUGUUGGUUUCCAUGAUGUUCUCAAUGAGUUGAUCUGUAAGACAUCUCUGGAGCAUCCUUAUCACACACUUUUCAUAAUUCUGGCUUUGGUCAAUGCCAACAAGGACGAGACCUUCUCCCGCAGCCGCCUGUCCAAGACUGCCCCGCGCCAGCCCUCUCAGCUGGACCUGGAGCGGUCUGAGGUGGCCCAGCGGAUUUUGAAUAAGAUAAGGAAAAAGAGGUCCCAAAUGAUCAGAGGCAUAGAGGUCCUUUGUGAUGCGUACAUCACUCUGGCCUACAUGGACGCCAGCCGCCACAAGACAGAGAAAAAAGCGAUUGCCAUCCCCUCUGACCAGCCCAUAAUGCAGAUAAAGAACCUAGAUGAUGUCGUCAUUCCUACAGUGGAGACAAAGGUGGACCCCUCUGGUAUAUAUGAUGACCUGGUGACCAUCAAGUCAUUCAAGCCUGACUUUCGCCUGGCCGGAGGUGUUAACCUGCCUAAGAUCAUUGAUUGUGUUGGAUCAGACGGAAUAAGCAGACGACAAUUGGUCAAGGGCCAGGAUGAUCUUCGGCAGGAUGCUGUGAUGCAGCAGGUGUUCCACAUGUGUUCUAUGCUGCUUCAGCGCAAUUCUGAGACACGCAAGAGGAAACUCAACAUCCGGCGCUACAAGGUUGUGCCCUUCUCCCAGCGUAGUGGUGUUCUAGAGUGGUGCUCAGGCACCGUGCCUAUAGGGGACUUUCUGAUAGACGCUCACAAACGCUUCCAUCCCCAAGACUGGACCAGUCUAGCCUGCAGGAAGAAGAUGAUGGAGUCUCAGAGACUUGAUUUUGACGGAAAGGCCCAGGCCUUCAGAGAGGUGUGUCAGAACUUCCAGCCUGUCUUCCGGUACUUCUGCAUGGAGCGAUUCCUGGACCCAGCAGUGUGGCUGGAGAAACGACUGGCCUACACUCGCAGUGUGGCCACGUCUUCCAUCGUGGGCUACAUUGUUGGACUAGGUGAUAGGCACAUCCAGAAUAUCCUUAUUGACGAGCAGACAGCUGAACUGGUCCAUAUUGAUUUGGGUGUAGCGUUUGAACAGGGCAAGAUUCUCCCCACCCCUGAGACUGUACCCUUCCGGCUUUCCAGAGACAUUGUAGAUGGGAUGGGCAUAACAGGGGUGGAGGGUGUGUUCAGAAGAUGCUGUGAGAAGACAAUGGAGGUCAUGAGGAAUUCUCAGGCGGUCUUGCUGACUAUUGUAGAGGUACUGCUGUACGACCCUCUGUUUGACUGGACCAUGAACCCUUUAAAGGCCUUCUACCUGCAGCAGCAGCUUGAGGAGCAGGCUGAACUCCAGGCCACGCUAAACUCUACUCUGGGAGGAGAUGACAUGGAGGCCCACCGCAAGUCCAGCAGUGACAGUCAGAACUUCAACAAGGUGGCAGAGCGUGUGUUGCUGCGGCUGCAGGAGAAGCUGAAGGGGGUGGAGGAAGGCACUGUGCUUAGUGUAGGAGGGCAGGUCAACCUCCUGAUCCAGCAGGCCUCAGACCCUAACAAUCUUAGCCGCCUCUUCCCAGGCUGGCAGGCCUGGGUCUAGGGUCAACGCACUGGGAGAGAAACCUGUGGGUUUGAGUCAAACUGUAACACUGAUCAGAUAUCAUGUUUGAUUAUCAUAUUUAUUUUUAAGAGAACAGAUAUGUCAUUGAAGAUGUCCAGUCUUGUUCCCUAGUCCAUUUUCUAGCAUAUACUGACAAAAUGAAUGUUUAUGCUUUGACAAACUUGAUGCAUGUAAUUCCUUAUCAAAGCUGAUAUUUUACCUUUCUGCACUUAACAGAUUGUAAUCAACAAUCAGAUUUAUGAUGUAAAGCCUUAAUCCCUACUUUCUGUAUUCAUUUGGACUGGUUAAGUAAAAUAAAAGCAUAAUGUAUGUAGUCCUACCAUUUGGAAGGAAAGUACAUUUUAGUAGUCAUACAUGUAGGAUUUGGUACCAUAUCUAGCAGUUGAUGGUUUUGAAUUAUAUUUUGUCCUACAGGAACUAAAUGGUGAAUUAUACUUUAAAUCGGGUAAUUACCAAAUAAAAAGGAUAUUACCUAUAAUAGAUGCUAAUUACCAAUAAGAAGGGAUGCUAUAAUACUUUUCGGGAUAGAAUCUUUGUGGCUCCGGAUCUUUCUCACUCGUCACGAUUCAUAUAUGAUUGGGCUAGUUAGUUUUGCGUACCCCAGUGACCUGAGUUUACGGAGACUUCUAUUAAGGACAAUGUUCUGUUAUAAGAUUAGCCAAUUCUGCCCAGUAUUAUUGCUUAAUUGUCCCAUGUCAUGGUAUUCUCUGCAUAAGAGGUUCAGAAACACUGGCUCCAAAUUCACUAUUCAGUUUCUAUUGGACAAAACCUUCUGGGUACAAAACAAAAGCAAACUGUUAAUAGAUCCAACAAGUUUGAUGAGUCACAAGCUUAAUGUAAUAAUUUUAUAUGAUUUAUAGGACCAAAUACUAAUUGUGAAAUACUUAUGACUUGGGUGGACUACACACAAAGUGAUUUUAUUUCUUAACAAUAAAGAUAGUAUGUAUGAAAAUACACAUUUUUAAAUGGUGAUUCUGUCCUUCCGCUUUACAUUAAACAUUUGAGCCAACAUCUUAAAUACUGGAUUAUAGAGAAAGAUUUUAACAUUUAAUCAGUUUCCAAAUAGUAAUUGAAUGUACAGUUUCCUUGUUGGUCUAAAUUCUCUUUGUAUUAAGUGUCUGAUAUUUCACUGGUAUAUUUUUUCCUUUUACACGUUUAAUUGUAUUAUAAGCUUGCAUGUACAGUAAGUUUGGUGGAAAGUACACAGCACUUUCUAUCGAGCUAUGGGGCUGCUCCUUCCCAGCAAAGACGGGACCAUGAAUAACUCCAAAUAUUGAGAAUGUGGUGCAAACCUUGCUGCCCUCUGCUAGAAAGGUUUUUUAAAGGCCAGUCUUGCAAAAAGGAAGAUCGGUCUUGGAAUGGCCCAGCUGGACCUCAAUCCUAUUAAAUCUGUGCUGACCUAAAGAUCCAAACAAACAUACUACCCAAACAAACAUACUAUUGUAAUCCAAAAGAUAUUGCUACAAAGUAUUAGUUAAGGGGUUUAUGAAACAAGCUAAGCAUGCCAUUUGUGCUAGUUAGCUGCUUAUGUGAACAGGAAGUGUCCUAAGAACAGGGCUUUUAACAGAGAAAACGUACAGGACAGAUCUCCAGGAACAGGAUCGGAAAGCCCUGGAAUCUAUAUGGUCUGUGGGGUUCAGAUGCACUUGCAUCCUCUACCAGGCAGGUUUACCAGAUUUAAGAUGGUUUUUUUUUUACUUCAUUAUUGCUCUCAAACAGGUGUUUUUUGACAAUAAUUGCAGCAAUUAUUUGUACCCAUUGUCUGAUUUUUUUUUAAGGCAAUGUUCAUUUGUGGGCCUUUCCCCAUGUUACCUAACCUUUAUACCACAAUGAAACAAGAAGCUUCGGAAAGCCACAAUACAGUUCCUUUAGACAGAGUUGUACUUAAGUACAAUAUUACUGCAGAGGUUGACUUUAAAUACAAAAAUACUUAAGGCUGCCAAAACCUUUGACACCAG